AUGCCGCUAUUGAAUCACUUCCAUGGAAUGUUUGAGCCACAUCCGGAAGAUAGGCUUCACCUACGACUACAUCGGGCUAGGAGUGUGGUGUUGACAGCACAAGAACUCGUUGAGAUACGUGCCGCACAACGGACGUUUGAAGGGGCAUAUAUUCGUACUGCAUUGGGACAGUUCUCAUUCGCGCUGGUGGUUCUCAAGAUUUUUACAGCCGAGUUCUAUAGUAUUGGUGCGCUGUUCGCUACGUACGGGGUUGGUGUCUUGAUGGUGAGUUUGUAUAGGAGGUAUGAGGGCAACAGACAGUUCUUUAGUGAGGUGGGUGAGGAUGGGUUGGGAAGGAAGAGAUUCAGGACAAGUGGGAAUGCGGUGGUUAUAUUGACGGCUUUGAGUGUGGGUGCGUAUGCAAGCUUGAUUGUUUUGACGGCUAGGUUGGAAAGUUGA